UCUGUGUGUAUGUGAACCAUGGGCGGUCCCCUGAGGAUGGCUACUUUAGGAGCGGGUCCGGCCCCUGGCGACUGCAGAACACUGGACAGAGCAGGACCGGCUGCCAGUAGAUGCUUCAGAGAAGAAGUGGCACAACAGAGAAGUUUCCAGUGAGAAGACGAGCUACUGAAGACGAGCUGCUGUGUCACAGAUCAAAACCAAGAAAGGAGCGGACGGAAACAUCUGCUUUCUCCUGUUCCCGUUCAUAGUGAGAGACCCUGAAGAAAGGUCAAGGAUCAGUAUCCAUAUAGGAGCCACACCACAAAUCUUCGUUGUUUCACCAUCCUUCUCCUCAUCCUCUCCUCGGCAGCAGAGACCUCUGCUCCUCCUCACCCUCUCCAGUCCCCUCUGCCUGUCACGCGACCAUGGACCGCUCGGUGCAGGAGCUGUUCCUAAACUUCAUGAUCGUCUUAAUCACUGUGCUGCUCAUGUGGCUGCUGGUGAGAGUUUACCAGGACUGAAACGCAGAGCUAUAAAAGUGAGGAGAUGAAGGAGAGGCGCAGGAAUGGAGGUGUAGAUGUGGAGGGAUUGAGGUGGUAUAUACCGUAGGACUUUGUGCAGACACAGUGUUUACAUCUUUGCAUUAGUGUAUACUACACUCACUGGUCUAUAGCAUUUAUGAGGUUAAAAAAACAACUGUGAGUGGUAGAUCCAGGGCAGGUUGCCAAUGACAAAGUCGUCUUGGAUCCGUACUUGUAUUCUGAGAUGUAUGAAUGUGGCCUUGAAAUUCUGGCAAAAGCCAGGAAGGUUAAAUCAGUGAACAAAUUGGAACGUGACAAAAAAAUAAUUGAACUGGGAUUUGAGUCUCUAGUAUUUCAUUGCAAAGAAGUUGCUAGAAAACUCUCCAGUCUCAGGAUAGUAACCCAUGUCAGUGUGUCAUUCAUGUGAACUUCUAUGCAUGUAAUGUCCAUUGCUCUGUUUUUAGUAAAGUGAUGAAUAUGUUAAAUGCAGAUACUCUAUGUACUCCUCGAAAACAGGCAUCAACACAAAUAACAAAGCAUCAUGUUUAGGUUUUAUUUCUUCCCAUAAAGCAGUCUUUCAGUUGUUGGAUUAUUUCUUUGUUUUUCCCAAACAUAAACUUUCCUGUUUUCCAAUGUGAA